UUUGGGUUGGAUAAUGUUCUACUAUUGGUUGACAUUACAUAUUUCACCAAUAGGAGAUCAUACAAUGUCAUUAAUUCAACUUAGGUUGGUGUAAAUCCGCUCGGGUCGAAUAUGCUAUAAAUUAUAUUGGUUGACCGUUGAAGUUAUGUGAUGCCUAGUGUUCCUACAGCUUUACACUUAAAAAAAGGGCAGUAUUUAAGCUGAUUUAAGCACGGUACUGUAUUACGUCAUAAAGAUCAGUCUCGUGAUGACGCUGAUGACAGUCUAAAAUGGUCUAAACCUUUUAAUAAGAGUGUUACGAUAUAUACUGUAAUUUGUGCGCUAUCUUAGGGUUAGAAAGUUUCAGUCAUGGCAUACCCGAGCGCAAUGUACGGCUCCACUGAUCCAGGAUCAGAAAUAAAUCCAGAUGUACAACGAUGGUUCUCCACAGUGGACAGGGAUGGAAGUGGACGAAUAACUGCUACAGAAUUGCAGUCUGCAUUGGCCAACGGUCAAGGGGGUACUUUCUCUGACAUAGCGUGCAAAUUAAUGAUCGGCAUGUUUGACAAAGAAAAUGAUGGUACUAUAAACAUCACGGAAUUUCAAGCUCUUUACAAUUACAUAAAUGCUUGGCUCGGCGUAUUUCGUGGCUUUGACCAUGAUAAUUCGGGUAGUAUACAAGAGAAUGAAUUAAGCGCAGCCCUAACACAAAUGGGCUACAAGCUUAGUCCAGAAUUUAUUCAAUUCCUCAUAAAAAAGAGUGAUGUUCAUGGUCAUCAAUCCAUUACCGUCGACCAAUUUAUAGUAUUGUGUGUUCAAAUACAAAGAUUUACAGAGGCAUUUAGAACAAGAGAUAUGCAACAAACUGGAUCAAUCACUAUUGGAUUUGAAGACUUUCUAGGAGUAGCUCUUAGUUGCAGCAUAUAACAUCUUCAUAUUUUGAUAAUAAUAUAAUUAAAUUAUUUUUACGUAUCUAUGUAUGCCGAAAAAGUUAUUAUUUAGGUUUAUAAGCUCAGGGGCUAUAUUUCUAUUUUUCUAUCUUAGAAGAUAAUGUAAAAUGGAGGUUUA